AUGCUGUGGAAUGAAUGUGUGAAAAGUCAGUGCCAGCUGCGGAAAUGUCUACUAGAACAUCCGUCACCGACGCACUUCUACAUGAGCAGUUGGCAAAGUAACCGUUCCGCCGCUUACUUGCUGUUUCUUAGAACUUUCCUCUUCCUAUAUUCGACGUGUGUCCUUCUCGCCUCUAUAAUCGUAGUGCCCUUGACAUUGAACAUACAUUUUGGCUAUUGGUUCUUGUACGUAACGCAUUGGGGCUUCCUUCUGAUCGUACUCACUACGGCCUUUGCAACUGCGGUCUCGGCGUUGGCAUAUUUUAAACGGCAUAUCGACGCUACUUUCGGGCUACCAUGGUACGUGAAGGUUUACUGGCUUCUUUACAACAUUACCAUACCGGUGGCUUUUCUCAUUACAGUGUUCUACUGGAGCAUCUUGAGAACUGCAAAGAAAUCUGUAAACUACGCUCCAAAUCCUGUUCUGGAUGUAAUGCUGCAUGGUGUCAACUCAGUAGUGAUGCUGAUAGAGCUGUUCUGCUCUGCACAUCCAAGCCGUUUAGUGCACGUGAUGCAACCUCUCUGGUUCGCCGGAGCCUAUAUGCUAUUUACUAUUAUUUACUAUUUCGCUGGCGGACAAGACCCGUGGGGCAACCCAUUCAUCUAUCCUGUAGUGGACUGGUCCAAACCUGAGCAGACACUCGUAGUGAUCACUUUAACUGCAUUGUUCCUAGCCCUCAUGCACUUGAUAGUCGUGGGCUUAGCAUCAGCACGUGAUGCGAUUGCUAAGAGAAGGCAGUCAGACACAGCUGGCGUUUACAACGAUGCGUUUACGCCUUAA